AUGCCACUGCCGCAACCGUUGCGUGGCCGACGCGAGGGAGAUGAGACCAGCAGUGACAACCUCAGCGCUGCCACCUGUGGUAGCUGCACCUCCAUCCCGUUCACCGCGGUCGAGCCCACGACGACCGAGGAGUCCAUGCGCGCCUCCAUCCUCAACCCGGAAAACCUAUCAUUUGUCGGGUUCAACUUCAGCAGCGCUGUCUUUUCCAACAUCAGUUUUGCCGGUGGCAACGGCAAAACGGCGGCAUCGUCAACUCAUAGACGGCGCACUGAAGUCGCCGAUGCAAGCGACUCCGCCUCCCGCACCCCAGCGACGGCCGCAGCGACGACCACCGCUGUGAACAAGAUCCCGGCCAUCAUCGGGUACUUCAGCUUCACCUUUGGCGCCGGCAUCUGCGUUUUUUACAGUCGCAUCUUUCAAGCGAAAGGGUUUUCUCCGUAUGAGAUCGGCAUCCUCGUCUCGGCGAACCCUCUACUGAGCAUGACACUGCUUCCUGUGCUGAGCUACCUGGCCGACAAGUUCCGCUGUCAGACGCCGAUGUCGCUCGUGAGCAUCCUCAUUGCAACCGUGUCCAUGUUUGGGUACACCAUCUCCGGACGGCGCGUGUUCACCAUAGUGUGCUUCCUUGUCAUGACAGCCUCGCGUGUCGUGAUUGGCCCACUCCUUGACCAACGGAUACUCAUGAUGUUUCCAAAGCAAGUGCGGUCCAGCUCGUGGAGCUACGUCCGCUCCUACGCGGCCAUCGGCUGGGGCAUCGGGUCACUGGUGGCGUCGCUCAUCUUCUCAUACACUGGUAACUGGGUGACUGUGACAGUACAGUACGCUCUCGGCCAGGUCGGCUUGGCAUACUGCAUGGUGGUGGUAAAACCCUACGAGCGAAUCGAGCGUAUGCCGCUGAAGUUUGUAGAGGUGCUGAAGCUGCUCUGGGGCAACAAGCGGCUGAUGCUCUUCUUGUUUGCAGCGACGAUGAUGGGUACAGGGUACAGUUUCAUCGACAACUUUCUUUUCCUCUUUCUUGGCGAGCUGGGCGGGUCCGAGGUGCUGAUGGGCCUCGCCGUCAUCCUCGCUGUGAGUACCGAAAUUCCGCUCUUCCAAGGGUCGCUGCAGCUGCUCCAGAUGUUGACGGAGCGGCAGAUGAUGACCAUCGCCAUGGGUGUCUGGGCGUUCCGGGUGAUGUGCUACGCCAUGCUGACCAAGGCGUGGAUGGUUCUGCUAAUCGAGCCUCUGCACGGUGUGACCUUUGCCUUUAUGUGGCUGCCGUCUGUGCACAUCAUCUCGCGCGCGUUUCCGCCAAAGCUGUCCAGCUCCGCCGCCGGAUUACUCUUCACCCUCACGAGCGGCGUCGGCCCAAUGAUUGGCAACCUGCUCGCCGGCACCCUCUACACCUUGAUUGGCCCACGCAAGAUGUUCUUGUGCGCGGCUGUCGCUAUGACGACCGUGCUGAUCUUCUUCCAGACUCUGGACCGCAUUCUUGAACUACGCGGUAUGUCAGUGGUGUACGAGCCGGACGCAGAAGAAAAUGUGGCGUCCGACCACGCCGUGACAGCGGACAAAGACCAGGCCGAGACACAGCAACCGCGAAAAGAGAUAACACUGGUGUCUACCAACGAUCCCAGGAGCAGCGGUAGCCGCAGGAGCGGCGCCGCACCUUCGACUGUGGCGCAACGCAUAAAGCUGAAGGAUUCCGACGAAGGGCGGAGAAGGACCAUCGACGUGGUCGAGAGCGAACUACUAUCCUCGUUUCACGGCUGCGUUGAGGGCACAAAUGAUGUUUGA